GGAUUUUCGGAAUACGGGUGGGAAAUAUUAACCUCCGGUGAGCAGAAGGGACACGGGUUUCUCAUGACCCAAGUUAUUUUAUUGUCGUUUCUCUAAAUAAUUUUUUUUCUCAACUGCACGAUGGCUGGAAGCCGACUUGAGAAGGUCGGAACUGUUUUUACCCGGGUUCGAGAUCUUAUGCGCUCUGGAGUCAUCAAGGAAUCUAAGAAACCUGUUUGGUUUGACGUCUAUGCCGCGUUUCCUCCAAAGAGAGAACCCGUCUAUGUGAAACCAAUGAGAGUGGUGCGGCGGAAAACUGAGGAGAAUGUGCCUGAAAUCUUUUACAAGGAGGAUCAAAUACGAGCGAAAUUCUAUGAGUUGUAUGGAAAUGGACCUAAAGCGUUUGAUCUCACAAAACCGAGCUUUGUAUCGACCUGCCAGAGGUUUGUGGAGAAGUACAGUGAAUUGGAGAGCAGGGGAGAUGUGAAGACAGAGAUGCUGCUUGAGGAAACGGCAAAGGCUCUUCUUGCCGAUGGUGUUGUGCUCAGGAGGAGAGGUGGUGGACCUGCUGUGGCAGCAGAGACACGCAAUCCUCUUCUGGCCAUGAAGUUAACCGACAUGUUGGCUGAACAACAAAAAGACACAGUUAAUGCCUCACACACUGCGGAGGAGCACACAGACACCGCUCCCACCGACUCUUCAAAAACCUUAUAGCGUAAAAGACUGUUCAACUCUUCUUUAUGAAUAUAAAUCUAUGUAAUGAAUAUCCAGUGCAGCUUGCAGAGCACCAAGGACGAGUCUGCUGACCACUUUGCUGCUGAUCUUCCUUCCUUAAUUUUUGUUUCAACAGAUGGAACUGAGAAAUGGAAGUGAUCUUUUCAAUUUAACAAACAUUCUGUAUUCUAUCACAGACAUGUACCAAAUGGUCAAAAGUAUGUGGACACCUGACCAUCACACCCAUAUGUGUUUCUUCCCCAAACUGGUGCUAAAAAGUUGGAAGCACACAAUUGUACAGAAUGUCUAUGUAUGCUGUAGCAUUACAGUUUCCCUUCACUGGAACUGAGAGGCCUAAACCUGUUCCAGCAUGACAAUGCCCCUGUGCACAAAGCGAGGUUCGUGAAGACGUGGUGUGCCAAGGCUGGAGUGGAAGAACUCAAGUGGCCUGCACAGAGCCCUGACCUCGACCCCAUGGAACACCUUUAGAAUGAAUUAGAAACACAGACUGCAUGAAAUCUAGUGGAAAGCCUUUCCAGAAGUGUGGAGGUUAUUAUAACAGCAAAGGGAGACUAAAUCUGGAAUGAGAUGUUCAGCAAGCACAUAUGAGUGUUAUGGUCAGGUGUCAACAAAAUUUUGGCCACACAGUGUAUGUUGUAUUGUUCAUGAAUAAUCAAAUAAAUUGUUUUCAACAUUAA